UGCAAAUCACCCAACAUUUUUCUACUGAGCGGUUGCUGCGCGCGUCGGUCGGCUUAAAGGCGAACAAUUCAAAAGUAACUGAAAGCAUAAGAAAAUCUAAUUUGCGAAUUGUAUAGAAGGUAGAGGAGGCCAAACCAAACGUGGAAGGUGUUUGUUAAAAGUUGAUUCUGCAAGCGUGUGCGUUAUUAAUCCGUUUUGACAUUUUCUGAAAAGUGUGCAAAGAAGGGAAGAGAAGAAGGACGAGUGAAGAAGCAGCGAAAACGAAAGAAGCGAAAAAUUGUUCGUGACUCGGCGGCUGUUCUGUGCUGUUCGCUUCUCCCUCCCUCCAGUUCGCCGCUCUCUCUGUGUGUGUGUUUGUGUGGUGCGGCGUGUAUGUGAGAGGGCAAAAGGAGAAUUUGCAAGAGGCAAAAAAAGCAAAGCAAGAAAGAAACGCCAGAAAAAGAAGCGAGAAGAGAAAUAAAACGCAGUGGCGUGUGAAUCACGAGAGCAAGCUGAAUCAUUAUUAUAAUUUUUUUUGGCAAGCCCAAGAGCCAAAAAGAAAUUGUUUAUUGCUGAAAGAGCGAGCACAGAUAUCCCCCAGAGAGAGAAAUACAGAGAUACAGCAAAAUGGACCACGAGGACAACGCUCAGUUCGACUAUUUGAACCGCUUUGCGGAGAAUAUGCAGCAAAUUGCUGGCGGUGCCGGCAAUGCUGCCGAUGUUGCCGGCGAGCUGGUGCCCAACAUCGCCGCCGCCUCCGUCAAGUCGGGUGAGCACGAAGACGACGAGGAGUGGAAGUACAGACAUGAAGUGCAGCAGAGCGAAAAGCAGCAGCAGCAGCAUCUUGGCAGCUUCGGCGAGGAGGAGGAUUUCGGCGCUAACGUGGCAGGAAAUGGCAACGGCAAUGGCUUUGGCCACCACGAGGCAGAGCUGCUGAUCGGCAACGGGCUGGGCAAUGGUGGUGGAGCUGCCGCUGGCUUUAGCCUGGCCUAUGAAGACGAAGAUGUGGAAGUGAUCAAGAACGAUGGUGACUUCUCGACAAACUCAAACACCACAACGUCGACCGGUGAGGUGGCCGGCUUGGAGCGGCAGGAUCAGCAGCAGUUGCUGCUGGAGCCACAGCAGCAGCAGCAGCAGGAGCUGCUCCAUCAGCAGGAGGACGAGGAUGAGGCCAGCUCGGUGGCCACCACAUAUGGCACCAGCAGCCUGAGCGAGAACAAUCCCACGCCCCUCGAUCAUGAGGUUGUGGGUGGCGAGCAGCAGGAGGAGCAGACACACGACCUGCUCGAAGCCUUUGACAACAAGGAGAACAACGAUCCUGUGGUCGACACCGAAGAAUCUCACUCGCAGCUGAAUCCCAAUGCCGUUGCAUUUGUGCCUAACUUUGGCUCCCAGCCAUCAUCACCAUUGCCCAGGGAGGAGGGUGAGCCUAUCCUUGGCCUGAAUGCACGCCAGCUGAUCGGUGGUCCCCUUGACGAUAUGGUAGCGGAGAGUCCCCGCAAGGGCUCGGCCAGAGACAACAUGGACGCCAUUGCCGUGCCCGACGAGAUUGAGUUUGACAUUGAAGCAGACAAGCGCCCACAUGAGCUGGAGCAGGACAACGAUGUCUUCUCUGAGGGCAACCUGGAGCAGCAGCUCCUGAAUGGCGCAGGCUCAGGCAUUAUCUUGGGCGCUGCCCCGGUCCUCGAGGAUGUUCUCGAUCACGGCCCAGAAACCAGCGUCGACUUGGACCUGCCCAUGGACCACAUCAGCGCCAGCAAUGACGACAUCAUGAAGCAGUCGAUCUAUGGCGAGCACAAUGCCUCCAUCGAGGACAUACUCAACUCGGUGCAGCCGCUGCCUACUCAGUCCAGCGAGGAUUUUGCCGAGAAGGAGCUGCUCAAUGUUGAGGAGAAGGAACAUGUCUCGCAGUCACCCUCCACGGAGGAGCUGCAGUACCAGGAAAAUGACGACCAGGACCAGAUACAGGCCCAGCAUCAGCAGCAGUUGUUUGGCUCUGCUCCCGAGGACCCAAUGCAGGCCUCAUUCUAUCUGGAGCACACUUCCAGCGAUGCCCAGCAGCAGCAAGAGGAGGAUGUUGAGCAGCUGCCCGCCGACUCUUCCGAUCCCUUUGCCCAGAAUGUCAACGACCAGAGCUUCUUGCUGGACACCAGUGCUCCAUUGUUCAGCCCUGAGGAAAUUGCACCCGAGUCCAAGCUGGACGCUAAUGCCCCGAUAUUCAGCCCUGAGGAAAAUGCGCCCAUGGCCAAGCUGGAGCUGGAGCCACAGCGGGCCGAUAUUGUGGACAUUACACCGUCGCCGCUCUCCUCCACCGAGGAGAAGCAUCUUGUUGAGGACACCAAGGAGACAUUUGAGCAGGAGACUCUAUUGUUUGAGCCCGUUGUCGACGCCGGAGCUCCCCCACAGGUGGAGGAGUACGCUGCCUUCAAUGCAGCUUCCGGCUAUGAGGCUCAAAGCGCUCAGGAGGAAGAGGAGGAGAACUUUGCCCCGUCACCGGGAAUCAAUCCAUUUGCUGCGCCAUUCACGCCCGCACACUUGGCCGAGGAAGUCAUCGUGGCCCAAGAGCAGCAGCCGUCUAUUGAGCAACCGGAAAUACAGGAAAACUUCAACGAGUUGCAAUUGCAGGAGGAACAAAUCGAGGAGGAGUACAAGAUUAGCCCUGAGCCAGAGGCUGAGGCUGAGGCUGCCACCCCCGUCAGCGUGUUCCCCGACUUUGCUGCUGCUGCUCCGGCUCCAGAUCCAGCUAAGGUUGAGGCUGCUGCACCCUUUUUCAAUGGCUUCGAGAGCAAUGCAAACCCAGAGCCAGCUCCGUUGGAGGUGGAGACUAAGGAGCCAUCGAUGCUGCUCUACUCGGAGCCAGCUGUGGAGGCACCAGCCCUUCCAGAGCCCGAGCUGCCCGUCUCUGAAGUAAUUGCCGAUGCAGUAAAAACCGUGUCUUAUGCAUUUGACCUGGACGUCGAUAAGCCAGUGGCUGUGGAGGAGCCUAUCCCUGUGGCUGCCAGCGAGCCCGUCGCAGAGGAGCCUCUUCCCGCUGCCGAAACUCUGCCUGAGACUCAGCCCGAGCCUGUGGUCGCUGCUGUUGCUGUGGUUGCUGCUGCUGCUGCUGCUGCAGCUGCUGUCGCCGGAACAGCUGUUGCCGCAGCCAAGGCCAAGGGGAAACCAAGUCCCACUGAUGCCAAGAAGCCGGCUGCCAAAUCUGGAACCACUGCAGCCGCUGCCAAGCCCAAGCCAGCAGCUCCAGCUGCGAUCAAGAAGACCACAACGAGCAGCUCCACAACAGCAGCAGCAGCAGCACCCAAGGCGGCUGCCGCACGCCCUCGCACGGCACCUGUGCCCGCCAGGCCCACAACUGCCCGCAAGCCGCUGACCAGCUCGGUGGGAGCUGCUGCUGGUGCUGCUGCCAAGCCGGCACCCAGGACCACCACAGCCAGUACUCGGCCAGCGACAGCUCCGGCCAGCCGCAAGCCCCUGAGCAGCACUUUGACCAAGACAACGACCAGCACAACGACAGCCGCACGCAGCGCUCCUGCCGCUGGCCUGGCGGCACGCAAGCCGGCCACGACCAAUGGAACUGGUGCCAGCAGCGCUGGUCUGGCCAAGUCACGUGCGGCGCCCACUACUACUGUGGCUGCACCCAAGCCGAAGGUGCCGUCGCCUCGCAGCGCCGCCCCAACAACUGGCGCCAGCACAGCACGCAAGACGGCCAGUGCUACUUCCACAACGAGUGCAUCCUCGCUGAGCGCUGCUCGUAGUCCCACAAAGCCGACGACCAAUGGACUGGGCAGGAGCAGCGCUGCUACUACCACCACCACCACCACUCGCGUCAAGUCAGCCACAGCGGGCAAUGGCAGCACAGGCGGCACCACAACUACUACCACAUCGACCACCAAGACUUUCACAGCACGCCCGGCACCCAAGUUCACGCACUCGACCGCCAGCGGCACCACCAGCAGCAGCAGCACCACCACCACCACGCGACGCUCCCUGUUGGCCUCGAGCUCCACCACGACUGCAGCCCAACGCAAGUCCUCGCCGUUGAAGCCCAGCAACAACACGCUCAGGGCAUCGCCACUGAAGUCAACCGGAAGCGCCACCACCACACCGCUGAAACCGAAAGCCAAAGAAACUGCAGCCGCUUCCAAAGCCUCUCCGGCCGCUAUAAAGGCGCGCAAGGUGCCCACCCCGAUGAAGGGUGUAAACCCUGGGGCCCCGAUCAGGAAGCCAGUACCGGCUGAGCCGGCUCCAGCCACCAAUGGAGAGGAGCAUCAGCAGCCAAUUACCCAGAACGGCAACGGAUCGCAUGAGCCAGAGGUCGUACCAGAGGCGUUCCCAGUGUCCCAGGAUCAGGAGCAGGCACCGGUUGCAGCUGCAGCUCCGCCCGCUGAGGUCUCCCUGCUGGAUUUCUAGGGGAGCAGUGGCAAUGGGAGAGAAAAACGAGAACUACUUUACUAAUAUUAUAAACAUAUUAAGCGAAAGUAUUUUGUGCGAGCGGAAAAGCAGAAACGAGAAGAAGAAACGGCAAAAACUUUGAGAGAGAGAGAGAGAGAAAAGCGAGAAACCCGAAAUUGGCCCGAGGCCGAUGCUCCAAUCGAUCCGAUCUAUUUAUGUGUAUCGACUACGAUUUCGAUUUCUUUAUAGAUAUUUAUAUAUAUUAAAUGUAUGUUAUUAAAACGAAAAACCCAGAGCGAAAGUAAAGUUUUGUGCUAUUUUGUGAAGGUUUUUUUUUUAUACUAUUUACACUACUGUGGAAAAUGAUUAUAUGGUGUGCUCUGUUUUUCUCGCUCAUUUAUUUAAGUUUUUCUAGUAAUUGUUCCUCACACGCUCUGUUAUUUUUAUAUUUUUCUCAUGUGCUAAGCGAAAUUUUUGUAUUGCUCUGAACGGCUCCGAAGCGCAUCGCUAAAAACCACACAAAUAAUUGUCAUAUUUUUCAACAUUUUAAAAGCGAAAAGAAAGCCCAAUUACGAAAGAAACAAAAACCCAUAAAAAAAUGAUUACACAUUGUCAAAAAACGGGGAAAAAAAUCACAUAAAACUAUGAAAAAAUGUCGUGUAGGAAGAACAAGAAAAAAAGAAUGAAAAUCCAAGUAUAACUGUAGCUAUUAGUCGGCGUUCUAAAAAGUUAAUAGAAGAAAAAACAAAAACCAUAAAUAAAACAAAA